GGACAAAAAUCUAUUCAUGCUAUGACUUAAUCCGAACCCUUCGCCUUCGAUGCAUUAUAUAGACUAUUGGCUCAAUCUGCAAUAAUAAUCACUAAGCUAUUAAAAAGGCACUAAUUAAAAUAUGUAAUUGACAUAUUCUCAAAUUCUUACGCUUUUAUCAAAUACCGUUGUGAUUAGUUGACGUGUCAAUAUAGUGAUAAAAACGGGAUGACGGCUGCUGCAUCCACGUCCAAUCUUGUUUUUACGUGGCAUGCAAAAACGCAUGCGCAGAUAUGCAAUCGCUCGCAGCGCGCGCGCCGCAGUUGCCCUUGGCUACUUCGGCGAGAUUCCCAGGCCGGCAGGCCGACAGUUCAGCGUAAACCGAAAGUGUCUACCUGGUGGCCUGCCCAGCGCUGGAUAACGGUACGACUAGUCGGACGUCGGUGUACUGUCUAAAAAAGCACAGUCAAUCAGAAUCCCGCAGGAAAAAAACAAACAAACCUGUGUUUGAAUGUGGAAAACGAAUUGGCACUGACGAGGAAGACUUCGUUGUAUGUUAGACACUUCCAAUCAAGAUGUCGCUCUGGAAAGCAAUGUUCUUGACUUUUGUCUUAGUCAUGUGUACUGUACCUGUCACCAAAGCAGACUACACAGCAGCAGUGGUUGAAUACAAGGCUAUAUCCUGGCUCUUUCCCAUAGUCAAUGAGGAACAGGCCCUCGCGAUCAUUGAACUCAAUCUGGAUGCAUUGAAUAUCCAUGCUUCUGAAGCCGUUUCUCAGGGAGCAGAUAUAUUGGUCUUUCCUGAAUAUGGGAUCACAGGCUUUGUUGAGGAAGAGAGGGACUAUGUUGUUCCAUUUCUUGAAACAGUGGGAGAUCCAUCAUCUCUUCAAUCAAAUGCAUACAUUCCCUGUCAUGAUAAACACAGCAGCAAGACUUUCAUUCAAUACAAGCUAAGCUGUAUUGCCCUAAAGCAUAACAUCACCAUUGUUGCCAAUUUAAUGACUGUCCAAAGUUGCAAUAACAAAACCGACCCUCAGUGCCCUCCUGAUGGGCGUUAUCAGUACAACACCGAUGUUGCUUUCUCCAGUGAAGGUGAACUGGUGGCAAAGUACCACAAGGAGAAUCUCUACACAGGAGAAGCCAAGGUAUUCAAUCCUGGAUACAACCAAACAGAGGUGGCAGCAUUCAGAACGAGCUUCGGCUAUUUUGGUCUCUUCACCUGCUUUGACAUCCUCUUCCCGUAUCCUGCGGAGCGACUGGUCGGGAAGCUAGGUGUGGACACCAUGGUGUUUCCGACAGCCUGGAUGAAUGAGCUGCCAUUGCUGAACGCGGUAGAGUAUCAACAAUCCUGGAGCAUGAGUUACCGGGUCAAUCUCCUAGCUGCUAAUCAACACUACCCAUUCGCUCAGAUGACCGGCAGUGGAAUUUUCUCACCAACGGCUGGUGCCAUUAAUUACACCUACAAUAUGGAUUCAUUCCUGGGGAGAAUGCUGGUGGCAAGGGUAAAAAAUACCCAUCAGGGGUCAGCUCGAAGGCAGUUUGUCCACCUUGAAGACUAUCAAAAGUCAAAACACUCUAAAGGAAAUGGCAUGUAUUCAACAGGAACCGAUGGAGGCAUAAAUUCCGGUCUACUUUCUGGCAUUCAAAAAGAUACUAUUGAUACUAACACUAAAAAGGAUAAAUACAGUGAUAUUCUAAGUAGAAAUAAGUCUUUAGCUAAUUCUUUAUAUGAUUUAGUGGGAAACGAGAAACCAGUUCCUACAUAUUUUAUCUCAAAGCUCAAUGAUGACCCAUACAACCUCACAUUGCUUCAUGGCACCCAAGGUUCUGCCUCAGUCAGCAACAACAACAUUUCUUGCACCGUUGACUUUGGCCGUGACUCUGAAUCCGCGUUGUAUGCUCUGGGGGCGUUUGAUGGUCUGCACACGGUAAACGGUGACUAUUACAUUCAAUGCUGCAGCCUGGUUCGCUGCAAGUCCGACACCGAUCCAUACCAGUGUGGAGCCGAAACGAGUGACGCAACAACAGUCUUUCAUGACUUUACACUGAGUAUGAAGGGACAGUCUGAACAAACGCGGCUCUUUCCCGUAGUGGUGACCUCCGGUGUAAGACUUCCUCUGGUGGGUAAGGAAUGGAGUUACUCUGAGAAGAUGAAUCAGGUAUGGAGUAAUGGAGGAACGUUGAAGGAACCUCUGUUGGCAGCAAACAUCUUUGGUAGGUGGUACCAAAAUGACUGAAAUUAUUAAAGCAAUGUUGGGUAUGGAACUAUAACAUUGAAAACAAAAACCCAAGAAGUUUGUAUGGAGAAAGUACAAAUAAUGCCAUAAGAAUGAUAUAUUAUUAAUUUGAAAAGAAAUGGGAACAUAUUUCAAGGGGUUAACAUUUAGCAAAUGUAUAUGAUUGCCACGAUCCAUGGAGAAUGAAUAUAACAUUUGCAAUAGCUUUAGUGAUGUAAUGUUAAAAUAUAUUCUAUAUGAGUACUUUUUGUCUUUGUCUUUCAGCAAUCACCCAGGGUUUGAUUAAUGUCUUUGCACUUUCUUCAGAUUUUAUGGAAUGGACAGUACUAAUUAUGUAAAUUUUAUAUGGAAUUUGUAUUGAGAUUUUUUGGGUAGCAUCAAUACAUUAAUCAUCAUUAUCGAUGGUGCAAUAUGGAAAACAUAAAACAUCAUUAUCAUCCCCCCGAUUUAUUUCAGUGUGCAAAGAGUUACUUCAUCAUUUUAUUUGAUCUAUAUUUGCAGACCUGCCAACCAGUACGUUUUAGCCGUAUUUAGUACGUUUUUGCAACCAAAAUACGGCAGUACGUUUUAUCUUUGAAAAAUAUGUUUUUUGUAAAAAAUUGUAAUUUAUUGAGAAAAAUAAUCUCUAUAUGUCUCUAUUUCAUAAAACGUACACAAAUAUGGUUAAUAGGUCAAUGUAAUUUCAGGUAAUUUUUUUUUUCAAUCAUUUUGUUAAAACCAGGGUGAAGAUAUACACAUGUUUUAAUGUUGUUUUUUUUUCAUCUGCAAGAGCAGUGCGCAUUUUAGCUUGCAUGCAGCUUGAGCGCCGCGAUGAGCGAGUGCGCAAAGCAUUUUAUUAUGAAAUACACUUUUGGGGGGAAAAAUACAGUUUUUUUAAAUCACAGAAUACAGUUUUUCAUUCCUAGAGGUAGGCAGGUCUGUAUUUGAUUCAUAACUGUAACAGUACCAUGAUUGAUAAUAAAUGGUACCAGAGCUGAUUCUGUUGAUUAUAGCAAUGAAUGAUUUUAAUGUGCCUUUUUUGUAUUGAUAACAUUUGAAAAGAUCUUUUCAAAUCAUGAUUAAUUAUUGACAAUUGUAUAUAGACUUGCUAAAUGUCCAACAAGUUGAUAUGUUUUCAUUAACAUGUGGCCCCUAGGGAGGCUGGGUUUCAUCAACAUUUUUCAUCUGGCAGGUUAUCAGAUCUGACAACUUUCCUUGUUUUUGAUUGGCUGUGAAACAGUGUUACUAUGGUAACUGUCAGAUAAAACAGAACUUGUUCAACAAGUCCUUCCAUGAAACAUUCCCCUUAAAUGAAGAGAUUUAAACAUUAAAGUAAUUAUUGCUGAAUUUUGUGUACAGUUUUUAUUAGAAUUGCAAUAUAGUAGAAUAUAUAAAAGUGAUGUCUUGCUCUAGGAAUAUCAGCAAUUAUUAUGCAAAGCUUUUUUGUCAUUUAUUUGAAAUAUACAUGUUGAUAAUAAUGUGGUGUUUAUAAAGUGCACCUAAUUAAUCUGAAAUAUAUCUUAUUUUUAUUUUGUAUGGUAAUGCAUACAUGCCUGUUGUUGGAAAUCGUUGCUUGUUGACUGUGUUUACAUUUAAUGUGUAUUCAUAAAUCAUGCAUUUGUUGAAAUAAAACCAUGUGAAAUGAAUUUUUUGAUCAUACAUGUAUAUUAGAAUCUAUUUAUUCAUGAAUAGAUUGAUCUGAAUUUUAGCACAUUUGUUAGAUCAUAUGAAAGUGUUUUCAGCCGAAGAAUACCAAGUUCACCAAAUAUGUAUCUGUGUUUAAUCUAUCGAUCAUUAUGUAUUAAUAUACUGUAUGUACAUUUUUCCAUGAAAUCAACACAACUUCGAUAAAUACAGUAUUGGAAUCAAACUGCAUACGUAAUUGCCCAAAUUUAUACCAAUCCAGAGAUUAAGAUUGUGCAUAGACCGACCAUCUCCGACAGAGAUGGUACAUGUAAGUCAUUGGAUUAUGGCAAACGUACUCUUAUCCGUUGCCCUCUAAAUCAAUAGAUUGGUAGAAACUUGAGAAUGUAGUUACAUGAAGGUUUCCAUGACGAAGAAGAAUAGUGUAGUUGGUUUCAGGUAGACCAUGUAUCUUUCUUGGGCAAGUGUUGGUCCUGAAAAGGACCACCCAAACUCGAUGUUUCGACAAGUGUGUUUUUGUCGUCUUCAAGAACAGGUGACAAGAACACAAUUCUGAACAUGACAUGAACCUGCGAGAUUGGGUGGUCUUUUUCAGUACCAACACUUGCCCAAGAAAGAUACAUGGUGUACCCUCAAACCUACUACACAAGAAGCUGGAACAUUUUAUUAUUUCAUAUCUCUCACUGUGAUACUUAGUUGUGUCCAAAAUAUUAAAUUGACUUUGUGAAACAAUGUGACAACUCUGAUAUCUAGUUAAGCAACUUACAUGUAAAUGAAAUGUGUAUCUUUACAAUAAAGUUCAUACAUCAACAAUUUUGUAUUUGAAAUUAAAGAAUCAAAAUAUAAUUAGACUUAAGAUAGUCUUGUUUGUGUAUUUUAUAAAUUAGUAAUCCAAUUACAACUUGAUGGCUUUGUAAAUAUUCUUUAUCAGAAAAUGAAUAUAUGUGAGUUAUAUAAUCAUGGAAUUUGGUAUGCAUCUUUGGAAUACCUAAUGGCAGGCUGUAUGGGGUUGGGUGUCACGAUGAUCUUUAAAGAUGUAGUAUUCUAAACUUAAGAUUAUGCAGAAAUCGAUGAUAACUGGAAACGCAGAGUUUAUAAGUUAUUUAUCUUUUAGUUCCUAAUACCCAUUACAAAGUUCAUCUUUCCAGUCUGAAUUCAAACUUGAGAAUAAAUUACAC